CUUGCCCGCUAGGUUAACAAUGUAUUUGUUAGUAAAUUUUCAGUUGUGGCCAAAUAUUAUUUGAGAAUACGUGAAAAAGUCGGAUAUUAUAUUUUAAAGAAAAAAAAUGCCCACAGUAAUUGUUCUGGAUGUGUCGCUAUCGAUGACAAGACCGGUACAACUCUCAGAUGGCACUGAAACGACGAGAAAACAAUUGGCCAUUGUGGGAAUUAACGCGUUUUUGGAUCAUUUAAGCGUUCAUUCCAAAUUGGAAUUUAUUGCAUUGAUGGCAUUUUCUUCUUUAUACGAAGAAAAAUGCCCAUUUACGAGAGAUUAUAACGUAAUAAAAGGCGAAUUGAAAAACAUUGACGAUUUCGACAAGACAUGUAUCGAAACAGCUCUUCAUGGAGUUAAUCAAAUGGUCCUUGGAGAAUGGGGUAAUAACACAGCUUGUCAGGUAAUAUUAGUAACUGACGGAAGUACCGGACUUGGAAGUACAUCUUUAAAAGAAUGUUUAGCGACAGUCAAUAAAAGAACACCCAAUAAUCCCUUCCCUAUUCCCUUUGCCUUUCCUGGUAAACUACACGUAGUUACCAUAGCUCAUUCCGAAGAAUUAAGUUUGAUUAGGGCAAAGCCACUAUAUCAAAAAUUAAUAGAUUUAACUGGAUACGAUGGAUCUAUUAGAGUUCCGGAGAAUAUUCAAAGUGAGGCAGUUAUUGUUUCCAUGUUUCAAAAACUGGCAGAAGACACGUAUUCAUCUUUUAAAGGCACACUGAAAUGCGGCCACUUGGAGUCGAAAAUAAUUCUGUCACCAGCACCAGUACCUUACACCAAAACAACGGAUUUUGACUCACAAACCUACGAUAUAAAAAAUCUUAUAGAAGUAUGCGGUUUUCUCUCUGUUGCAAAUGUAGGUUCACCUAUGGCUGUAAGUCGUCAUUUAAUUCUGCCUGCCACUUCCAGUAACAGAGAGUGUUUGCCAACUGAAAUCGACCUCACCGACGAAGACGGCACCGAUGAAGGAAAAACACCCUCAUUCUGCGUCCUUCUUCACGGAGCGUUGAAAGUUGAGAACGUGGCCGCCUUGGUUACUGUCGGCGACAAUUGGUUUGGUUUCAUUAAUUCCUGGGCCGACAACAAGAAAAAAUCGAAUCUAAUGCUAACAAUCCUGACUCCGGGGUCCGAUGCGGUACCAUGGCUAGGGGACUUGAACAAUCUAGCGGUUGCGGACGUAGUACCUUCGGACCACCUCGGCACCUUUCCUCUAAGGCCUCAGGAGAAGAGGAGCUAUUCGCAGAACAGUGUGGUGUGGAUACGACAAGCAGGAUUGCAAUCUGACAUUCAGAAGAUUUUAAGGCAUGCAAGAAAAAUGCCUGAGAAGACGCCGCAAUUUUACAAGGAACUAAACCGCUUACGAAAGGCUGCAAUUUCGUUAGGUUUUCUGGAUCUGUUAAUAGGUUUAGCAAAUAUUUUUGAACAAGAGUGCCUCCAGUUACCGAGCACGGCUCACCCCGACUGCGCGGUACAAUUGCGACACGCCGCCGACAAUUUACGAAAACCGCAGAACAUGGACAUCAAAUAUAUUAUGACGCCAUUACCUGCGAAUUAUUCCUAGCAUAACACAAAAAUCGUAAUUCAUAUUUAGUUAUAAUUGACAUUUUUAUCGCCUAUUGCAAUCAUAUUUUACUAUAACAGAAAACAAAUAAGGAAUUUACAUAUUGAAUUAAUUUUAUAUUUUACUCCUUUCUCUCCUAACAAUAUUGAUGACUGCACUUUAUAUAUUGAAAUCAUUUCUUUUAUUAUUAUGCAGAACUAAGCAAAUGUAAAUAAUGUACACAAGUUUUAUGGCAUUUUUCGAAUAAAUGCCAAAGUAUGCACCAUACUUGCGCUUUAUUGAGUGAAAUAUUUUUAAACCUAUUUAUCAGAUCUAGAAUUUUGCAACCUUUUAUAGUUAUAUAUUGUGAAAACUUGCUAUAUGCAAUAAUUUUUAAUGUGUAUAUAAAAUCAUCAGUUUUACUUAUUGAAUUAUGUAUGAAUUGUUUAUUGACAACAUAUAUUUUUUAUUGUUUCGCAUAUUGAGUGACUCUAGAUUAUGUUUUAAUUGAUUAAGUAUUUUAGUCGCUUGUAAAAUUGUGUUGGUAUUGUAAUUUUUAGUCAUGAUAUUGAUGACAAGGAAUAAAACAAGGGUAUUUAAAAA